CCGGUAUUGGCGUUAAUCGUCCGUCUGUGUUGCAGGUGUGGGUGAACGCUGCAGCUCAGAUCUUUAACUCCAUCGGGAUUGGUUUCGGCUCGCUCUUGGCGAUGUCCAGCUACAACUCCUUCAACAACAACGUUCUGAAGGACACUCUGACUAUCGCCAUCAUCAACUCCCUCACCAGCAUCCUGGCAGGUUUCGUCAUUUUUUCUGCCUUUGGAUUCAUGUCUCACCUGCAGGGCGUCCCUGUCAGCGAUCUGGCCGUGGACGGUCCUGGACUUGUUUAUGUCGUUUACCCACAAGCCUUUGCCAGCAUGCCCGUGGCUCAGCUCUGGGCUGUGAUGUUCUUCUUCAUGCUGCUGUGCCUCGGACUCGACAGUGAGUUUGCGAUGGUCGAAGUGAUGGUGACGAGUCUGAUGGAUGAAUUUUAUCAACAUCUGAUUCAAAUCUUCAAGCGUAAGGAGCUGUUUGUUCUGGCUGUUUGUGGUGCGGCGCUCCUCCUGGGGAUCCCCUGUGUCAUGCAGGUGGGCAUCUAUGUGUUCCAGCUCAUGGACCAUUACACCGCCAUCGUGUCCAUCAUGUUUCUGGCUUUCUUUGAGGUUGUGGCGAUCUGUUGGUGUUACGGAGGAAAUCGACUUUCGGACAAUCUGGAGGAGAUGACCGGAAAA